CGAGUGGCAGCAUUAUUUUUGUUCAGUGGACUGCCGCACUGUCCACUGCCCCGACCCUUGCUUCUCUGCCUGGAUUUGGACUUGCUUUUGCUACUUUUGGUACUGCACCCCCUUCCCUUUGUUUUCGUCGAUUAAGACAUUAUAGGAUUUGCGUUCGUUCGCGGUGUGUUUUGAAAGUGCGUUAAGAAAACAACAGCGCGGUCUAAGCUGCGGUCGGGGACUCGUCUCAUGAUGUCAGGAUCCUCACGUCCCCAGAAACACCUGCAGCACAAGCGCACCUACGAGAGCAGCCAUCAUCUCAGCAGCUCCACGCUUGAGUCCUCCUCCUUUAGCCAGCAGUCUUAUUCAGCUCACAGGAGCAGCCAUGGACUGAGGAGCUCUGUGCAGACAGAGAAGGGGCAGGAGGUGAUUCAACUGAGCCCACUACCCACUAGAGCCAAACGCACCUACCUGGCCAUGGACGCAGAUAGAGAGCUCAUCGGAUAUGUGGUGCCUCUCUUCAGAGGCAGUCAUGAAUUUGUCCGGGGCUUGGCGGAGUCCCAGGAAGACGUGAAGGAGGAGGGGGUGAACUAUGUGGCCAUGAGGUCCCUGUUUACCAGGGAGACCAGCGCAGCCAUGGAGGUGAAGGUGGAAAAGAAGACUAGAAAGAUGCAUGUCAGAGAGUCUGCAGACCGCCUCACUUUUGGCAAAAAGAUGCAGGAAAAAGCAGAGUUCCGUAGAAAGAUGAAUUCGGACAACCUGACUCACCCUCCAGAGUUCAUUGUGAAGCCCCGUGGUCAGACCGUGUGGGAGGGAAAGACCGUGAAGCUGCACUGCACUGUGGCUGGCUGGCCUAAACCACGCAUCGCCUGGUACAAAAACAAUGUGGUCAUCGAUGCCAAGGCCCACUCUGACAAGUACACUACCGAGAGCAAUUACAACAUGCACUCUCUGGAGAUCAAGAACUGCGAGUUCCUCGACACUGCUAACUAUCGUGUGUCUGCCCUCAAUGUGAAGGGAGAGCAAUCCUCCGUCGCCACUAUGGUUGUGAAAAGGUUCCAAGAAGGCGAGGAAGCAGGACCUCUCGAUGCUAAACCACAUGGAUUCUGCCCUGAGCAUGGCGUCACCUUCGAGACCGCCAUCAUCGAUUCUUUUGAAGUGGCUUUUGGCAGCGAAGGCCAAACCAUGAGCAUCGGCUGCACCGUUAUCGUUUACCCCAACGUCAAGAAAUACCAGCCCGAAGUUGUGUGGUAUCGAGAUGCUGUGGCCCUGAAGCCCUCUAAGUGGGUCCGCAUGCACUUCAGUGGUGAGCGGGCCACCCUCACCCUGGCUCACCUCAACAAGGAGGACGAGGGUCUCUACACUCUGCGCGUGAACACCAAGUCUGGCUUUGAAACCCACUCCGCCUACGUGUUUGUCAGGGAUGCUGACUUGGAGGUAGAGGGUGCUCCAGUGGCUCCCCUGGAUGUCCGUUGUCAUGAUGCCAACAAGGAUUACGUUGUGGUGACAUGGAAGCAGCCAGCUGUGGAGGGCAGUAGCCCCAUCCUGGGGUACUUCAUUGACAGGUGCGAGGUGGGCACCCACCACUGGGCACAGUGUAACGACGCCCCGGUGAAGUAUGCCCGCUUCCCUGUGACCAGGCUGGUGGAGGGGCACUCCUACACCUUCAGGGUGCGGGCCCUCAACCAGGCCGGGGUGAGCAGGCCCUCCCGCUCCUCUGAGCCUGUGCUGGCCAUGGACCCCUCCGAAAGAGCUCGUCUCAGAGCUGACACCUCUGCUCCUUUUACUGGCAUGAUCAAGUUCACCGAGGAGGACUCUACAGUGGGCGUGGUCCCUGAUGCUCCCAGUGACCUUGUGGUUACCGAGGCAACCAAAAGCUAUGUUGUACUGGGCUGGAAGCCACCAGCUCAGAGGGGUCACGAGGGGGUCAUGUACUACAUAGAGAAGUGCAUCUCAGGCUCUGACUGCUGGCAGAGAGUGAACACUGGCAUCCCGGUGAAGUCCCCUCGCUUCGCCCUGUUCGACCUGGCGGAGGGCAAGGCCUACAGCUUCCGCGUGCGCUGCUGCAACUCUGCCGGAGUGGGGGAGCCCUCCGAGGCCACCGGCAACGUCACCGUCGGAGACAAACUAGACCUGCCGUCCACCCCAGGUGUUGCGGUCGCCAUCAGGAACACAGACACGUCCGUGGUGGUCACCUGGGGGGCCUCCCUGGAGGUCAAGCGCCUGGUGGGCUACUACAUCGACUGCAGCGUGGUAGGCAGUAACGUGUGGGCCCCCUGCAACAACAAGCCUGUCAAGAAAACCAGGUUCACCUGCCAUGGACUGAUCACUGGCCAGUCCUACGUGUUCAGGGUGAAGGCAGUCAACGCUGCAGGAUACAGCAAGUGCUCCACAGAGUCGGAGGUGGUGGUUGUGAAGGCUGGCAUUGCCAUCUCUAGCCCCCCUGGGAAGGUGAGCCUGCUGGAGAGUGCGAAGGACUACAUGGUUCUGGGCUGGAAGGAGCCCACGGCCACAGGAGGAGCAGACAUCAGGGGGUACUUUGUAGACUACAGGACCGUUAAGGGAGGGCUGGCUGGCCAAUGGCAUGAAAUGAAUCACAAGGCUAUCACUACAACCACCUACAAAGCAGAAGAUCUGAAGGAGAACGUGUUUUACCAGUUCCAGGUGCGAGCUCAGAACAUGGCGGGCGUGAGUGUGGGCUCGUUGCCUAGCGCCGCGCUGGAGUGCAAGGAAUGGACCAUCACUGUGCCAGGUGCCCCCCACGGGAUCUAUGUCCUGGAGGUGCGUGACACCUCCCUCGUGGUGCUCUGGGAGGCCCCUACCUACGAUGGGCGCUCCCCCGUCAACGGAUUCUACCUGGAUAUCAACGAGUCCUCAGCCGGGGAGAAGGGUUGGAAGGGCGUCAAUGAGAAGGCUGCCACGAAGAAAUUCAUCAAGGUCAGCGGUCUGAAGGCUGGUACCUCCUACGCGUUCAGACUGCGAGCUCAGAACCUGGCUGGUGUUGGAAAACCAUGUGCCGUGUUGGGUCCAAUCCUGGCCCAGACCCGCCCUGGCACCCAUGAGAUUGUUGUUGACGUUGAUGAUGAUGGAGUGAUCUCCAUGAUCUUUGAGUGCUCCGAGAUGGCCGAAGGUUCUGAGUUUGUGUGGACCAAGAACUACAAGGCCAUCACAGACCCAUCUCGCCUCACCAUUGUGACUGAAGGUGGCAAAUCGAGGGCCAUCUUCAACAACCCCUCUCUGGAGGACCUGGGCACCUUCUGCUGCAUGGUGACCAACACUAACGGCGUCUCAUCCAGCUACACUCUAACUGAGGAAGGUCUGAAACGUCUUCUGGACCUCAGUCAUGAGCACAAGUUCCCCAUCAUUCCCUUCAAGUCGGAGAUGGCCAUGGACCUGCUGGAAAAGGGACGGGUCAGGUUCUGGACCCAGGUGGAGAAGUUCACGUCUGCCUGCCAAGUGGAGUAUGUCUUCAACGACGCCAUCAUUACCACCGGAGAGAAAUAUACAGUCAACUUUGACCGGACCACUGGAAUCAUUGAGAUGUUCAUGGACUCCCUGGAGGUCACAGAUGAGGGGACGUUCACCUUUAACCUGGUGGACGGGAAGGCCAAGGGCCAGACCAGCUUGGUGAUGAUUGGAGAGGAGUUCAGAGAGCUUCAGAAGAAGUCAGAAUUUGAGAGGGCAGAAUGGGUCAGAAGACAAGGACCUCACUUUGUUGAGUACCUUGGAUUUAAGGUUACCCCAGAAUGCAACGUGCUAUUGACGGCCACGAUAGGAAACAUCAAACCGGAGACUGAGAUCACCUGGUUCAAGGACAACAUCGAGAUCGAGGAGGACGAUGAAGAUUCCAAGAAGAUUGAAAUCAAGGACGGACAGUUGACCUUUAACAUCGGAAAGUGUGUGUUUAAGAAAGACAAAGAAUCUGUGGAGAAACUGAACCCCCCAGCGGAGGCUCCCCCAGCAAGACCCAAAAUUUCAAAGAAGGACGCGGGAGUUUACGAAGUUAAACUGAAGGACACCAGAGGAAAAGACAUGAGUCUGUAUAACCUGACUGAUGCAGGUUACCAGGCUGUAAUGAAUGAACUGUUCAGAGUCAUUGCCAACUCCUCCACUGAAAUCAGUGUUCUCAGCACAGAGCAUGGCAUCAUCCUCUACUCCUUUGUCACAUAUCACACUGAGGAACUUCGCGUUGGCUGGCUCCACAAAGAGGCUAAGAUGGCCCAUUCAGACAGACUUGUGUGCGGCGUGACCGGAGAGCAGCUGUGGCUGAAGAUCAAUGAGCCCACAGAGAAGGACAAGGGCAAAUACGCCAUGGACAUCUUCGAUGGCAAAGAUGGCCUCAAGAGGAGCUUCGAUCUGUCUGGUCAAGUAUGGGAAGAUGCGUUUGAAGAGUUCCAGAGGCUGAAGGCGGCAGCAAUUGCAGAAAGAAACCGUGCUCGUGUUGUUGGAGGCUUGCCAGAUGUGGUCACAAUCCAGGAGGGCAAGUCCUUGAACUUGACCGGUAAUGUAUGGGGUGAACCUCAGCCUGAGGUGACCUGGAUGAAGAACGACAGAGAGCUGGUGUCCGAUAACCGCUAUGCACUCAAGUUUGAACAUGGCAAGUUUGCCAGUAUCACCAUAGCAACCGUCACCACAGCUGACUCUGGCAAAUAUGCCCUGCUAGUGAAGAACAAGUAUGGCACGGAGGCAGGAGAGUUUACCGUCAGUGUCUACAGCCCUGAUGGAGAGGAAAAGAAAGAAUAAAGUAUGAGAUUGUGGAAGGAGUAGGCUGAGAGAUGACUGGGCUUUCUCCAAAGCUUUUUACCCCAGUGCAGGUCUGACCUUGUGCUGACAUUCAAGUUUGGUUACAGUAAAACAUGAGUAUUUUAAGACAACAACAAUCACAAGACCAACAACAAACAAAAAAACAAGAAUGGCUUUUCCUUUUUAUGCACUAGGCUAAAGAGCUUUGAAGACUGCUGUCAUGUAUGGAUAGAUACAAUUUGGUGCAGAAAGGAGUAAUGCUUGCCCCCAUUGUUGCUUUAGUUCUGUCAUGUUGGUUGCAAUCAGCACAGUGUGUAAGUCUGUCAAACUACAGAAAAUGGUUGAACUGUCUGGCAUAUUCAUAAAAAGGAUGCAGUCUAUGUCAUGUGACAUACUAAAAUUAUAAAUAAUAAGCUCUCUAACAAGGACUUGCUAAUGAGCUGUAGGGCAACAUAUGAAGGAGAAGGAAAAACUACCUUUCUUGCUAUAUGCUGAAUGUUAACUGUUUAGACUUCUGUUUACACCAGUGGAAAAUGUAAGAAAUUUCAUUGAACAUGUGACAGUGUAUUACAAAAACUGGUUGUUUGCUUGUUCGUAGUGCACUGUGUUGUUUGCAAGCAAAAUUAUGCUAUUAAUAACUAUGUAAGAUCAGGAUAACUGAAGGAAGGUAAAAGUAAUGUUAACAAACAUGACAAUUUUCCUGUCCGAUAGCCUGAUGGCUGUAUUCACUACAGUGUUUUCAUUACAUCGCUGCACAUCCACACGCUGCCCAUAGUCAAGUAGCCUAUGUUCCUGAAAUUGGAGUAUGUAACUUCUAAGUGAAAAAUUUAGUGUUUUAUGUCAACUGAACAAGAGUAAAAAAGGUACUCCUCACACCUUUCUGUAAGAAUAAAAAGGUACAUUUGCUCUUGAA